CCCAAUGUAUGGUCUGUGUGGAUUAUCACUCGUAUCACUAAUUGACUUCUCUGACUAUAUUUUACUGUGGAAGGAAUGAAAUGUUGAAGGGCUUCUUUGAACGAGUUACGUUUAAGUGAGGUCAUCCCAGCUAGAAGCCAAGUCACCCUGGAAAAAAUAUUUUGACAUCACGAAUUGAAUGAGAAGAUUUGAUCGAUCAGAUCAGCUUCUAGCUUAUAUGCUGUAGACUACUGAACCUCCUCUGGUGAGAAGAGAUAAAACCACUCUGAAGAAAGACAAUAUCCCGUUCAAUUCGUAAGUGAUUUGCUGAAAGGAUAACAAAAAUUGACAUUUUAAAGGUUUGCCAAGCAAGCUAACUAAAGAAGUAAUAGUCUAAAAGACGAAAUCACUAAAAGACUCUUAAUCUGGUGCUCAACACAUCAAGGCAUUUAACGUGUACAUAACAUGAUAUUAUUCUUGAAACAGACCGCAAGAGACUCUUAUAGAAGGCCUUAAAACUCAAGGACAAAKUUAUUAUUUAAACAUACAGGACAGCAGGUCAUGUCGAAUAAUAGUAACACGUCACGUGAUCCGUUCAUCUACGCCAGUCAUCCUGACAGUGUAUGGUACUGGACAAUACGAGCAGUUAUCGCAGUCAUAGCAACCACUGGUAAUGGUUUAGUCAGCUAUAUUAUUAUAUCAAGGCGAAGGCUGUGGACACMGGCCAAUAGUUUCAUGCUGUCCUUGUGUAUAGCUGAUUUAGGUACAGGWAUCAUUAAUACACCACUAGAGUUUACCUGUACAAUGCUGAAAUCAUGYGACAUCUGGCUAGURCACUCUAUAAAAGACAUUUUCUUGUUAGCAUCUGUGCUUAAUCUUUGUGUGAUAACGUUGGAUAGAUUCGUCGCCGUACGAUUUUCCCUUAAGUACUUUAUCAUMCUCACUAGCUUUAGGUGCGGAGUGGURUUAGUAGUCACGUGGAUGUUGUCCAUAGCAACGCCCUUCGUCUUCUACGUCAUCAUUCAAUACAAUCGCCUUGAARCAUAYCGAUUUGUCAGUCUUAUAAGAUUAUUUUUGUGUCAGUUGACACCGAUGGUGGGAUUGGUGGUCAUCUUCCUCAUGAUUCUAAGAAUCUGGAAAUCUCAACGACAUAAAAUACAACAGCAAAAAAGACAAAUUACCUACAACUACUCUACUSCGAGUGCCUCCAGUCGUUAUGUACAGCGGUCGUCUUCAAUCCAUUUUAUUGGAGUGAUGGUCAUAUUUUUUGUGGUUUGUUACUCGUUAACAUUUUACCGAGCGUUCUGUAAUUAUGUACUGUUUCGUGAUGUAGAUGAUAUCAUAGUGCCUAUAUCAAGACUGUUGUAUUACUUGAACUCUGCACUCGACUUCGCCGUGUACGCACUCUUCAAACAAGAUAUCAACAAAGAAUUAAGGAAAUAUUUCAACAACAAAAGAAAUCCUCUCCCCACCCCACGGGAAUCUCAUAUUGGCAACACAGCAGUGGAUUAGAACUAACAAAAGAACUCCUCCCCACCCUCACCGGGUCUCAUAUUAUCAACACAGCGGUGGACUAGAACUAACAAAAGAACUCCUCCCCACCCCCACUGGGUCUCAUAUUGGCAACACAGCAGUGGACUAGAACUAACAAAAGAACUCCUCCCCACCCUCACCGGGUCUCAUAUUGGCAACACAGCGCUGGACUAGAACUAACAAAAGAACUCCUCCCCACCCUCACCGAGUCUCAUAUUGGCAACACAGCAGUGGACUAGAACUAACAAAAGAACUCCUCCCCACCCUCACCGGGUCUCAUAUUGGCAACACAGCGCUGGACUAGAACUAACAAAAGAACUCCUCCCCACCCUCACCGAGUCUCAUAUUGGCAACACAGCAGUGGACUAGAACUAACAAAAGAACUCCUCCCCACCCUCACUGGGCCUCAUAUUGACAGCACAGUAGU